UCCAGUUUGGAUUUUGAUUGGGGGCCGCUCCGCUCUGUUCCACGAGCCGGAGGGGCUCUGCUCUGCUCUUCUUGUUUCUGCCGGCCUGCCUCUGUUCUCUUGUCUUUCGCCGGCCGGCCGGGGAUAUACUGCUCCGUAAAGUCGCCCCAAUUUGAUUUUGUUCCGCCCGGCCCGGGGUAAAAUACUGCUUCAUUGAUACGCCCACCUCCAAGAAUAUACUUCUUCUGCUCCUAAAAGGGGCUAGAUUUUGGCUUUGAUUUGAUUUUCUUGGGACGAAUUCGUCAAGCUUUCCGAAACCAAUCUCCUCGUCUUCGUCUUGAACGCCGAAACAGAGGAUUCUUGGAGCAACAACACCAGGAAUCGUUCGUGCCGCGCCUUGUCUUUCCGUCCUUCUAGAAGCUCCACCAGAAAAUUCUUCCCCGGGUCAACGAGCCACCAGAACCUCACAGUCCCCGCGUCCACUGUCGAAUGUCGCUCCGAUUCGCGCUCCCACCAUCCCCAUGGUCGGAGCACACACGGCAUGCUACGGCACUGCUACCAGUACUACCAUAUUCCCUCCUCUCCUCUGCUGCUCCCGUUCUUCCAGGCGGCGGCGGCAGCUUUGGAUCAGUUUCCACGGCCACCCACCCACCCACCCACCCACCUCCACCGGCCCGUUCCUGCUCCGGCGAGCUCGUCGACACCUGGAGCAAACACAUUCUUAUCCCGGGCAUCAUCUGGCCAUGUUUGCGCAGUUCGUGCGUCGAUUUGCUUCCCUUUUCGGGGCUGUUACUAGAACAGGUGAUAGAGCCAGGAUUCUGCCAGCACAAAUGACGAUCUGUAGCUGCGAGGAGACCAUCAAUGAGUUCGAGAUGUUGACGCGCGAUGCUGGGCGCGUGCAGCAGGAUACGCUGAAAAGGAUCCUUGAGGCGAAUGCCGAUGCUGAAUAUCUGAGGCAGUUUGGCCUCGACGGGAGGACUGAUGCCCAGAGCUACAAAUCUUGCAUCCCGCUGUGCGUGCACAGCGACGUUGAACCUUUCAUCCAGAGGGUUGUUGAUGGUGAUAGCGCACCAGUGCUCACCGGGAAGCCCAUCACCUCCCUCUCCCUCAGUUCUGGUACGACGCAGGGGAAGCCUAAGUUCCUGCCAUUUAAUGAUGAAUUACUUGAGAACACACUUCAAAUAUUCCGUACUUCGUACGCAUUCAGGAACCGUGAAUACCCUAUCGGCGAAGGAAAGGCCUUGCAAUUUGUUUAUGGUAGCAAGCAAUCCUUGACGCCUGGUGGCAUCCUUGCUACAACUGCAACUACAAACCUGUACCGGAGUCAGCGCUACAAGGAAGGGAUGAAGGAUAUCCAGUCUCAGGGCUGCAGCCCCGACGAAGUCAUCUUUGGCCCUGACUUCAACCAAUCCUUGUACUGUCACUUGCUCUGUGGGUUGAUAUAUUCGGACGAGGUCCAUUUUGUGUUCUCGACGUUUGCUCACAGCCUAGUGCAUGCAUUUCAAACAUUGGAGGAGAUCUGGGAAGACCUCUGUGCUGAUAUAAGAGACGGUGUUCUUUCAGAAAGAAUCACAGUACCAUCAAUUCGCGGGGCUGUUUCAAAGAUUCUGAAGCCCAACCCCGAGCUUGCUGACUCGAUCCACAACAAGUGUGCGGGCUUGAGCAACUGGUAUGGUGUGAUCCCGGCACUGUGGCCCAAGGCAAAGUACGUGUAUGGCAUCAUGACAGGGUCCAUGGAGCCGUAUCUGAAGAAGCUGCGGCAUUAUGCUGGGCAUUUGCCGCUGAUCGGUGCUGACUACGGCGCGUCCGAAGGAUGGGUUGGCUCUAACAUUGACCCCACGGUACCGCCUGAGCAGGUGACGUAUGCUGUUCUGCCGCAGACUGGUUAUUUUGAGUUCAUUCCUUUGGAGAAGCCAACAGGGGAGGAGACGGAGAACAGUGCAGCUAUUCAUUACAUCGAGUCCGAGCCGGUUGGCUUAACUGAAGUUGAGGUUGGCAAAAUCUAUGAAGUUGUGCUCACUACCUUUGCAGGCCUAUAUCGCUACAGACUAGGAGACGUGGUGAAGAUAGCGCGCUUCCACAACUCGACGCCGGAGCUCCAGUUCAUCUGCCGCAGGAGCCUGGUGCUGAGCAUCAACAUCGACAAGAACACCGAGAAGGACCUGCAGCUGGCCGUCGAGGAGGCGGCGAAGCUUCUGGAAGGGGAGAAGCUGGAGAUCGUGGACUUCACGAGCUACGUGGAGAAGUCGAGCAACCCGGGCCGGUACGUGAUCUUCUGGGAGCUGAGCUCUGAGGCCACAGACGAUGUUCUGAGCGGGUGCGCCAACGCGCUGGACCUGGCAUUCCUCGACGCGGGCUACAUGGGGUCGAGGAAGAUCAAGACCAUUGGCCCGCUCGAGCUCCGGGUCCUGAGGAAGGGCACAUUCAGGGAGAUCCUACUCCAUUUCCUGACCCUAGGAGGCGCGGUGAGCCAGUUCAAGACGCCCCGGUUCGUGAGCCCGGGCAACGGCAAGGUGCUGCAGAUCCUGAACCGGAACGUGACCAAGAGCUACUUCAGCACCGCGUAUGGGCUAUGACAGAAGCAAGAAUAAUUGCCUGCUGCUAGAUUUAGCAGGGGCGUGUAAUUACCUUUCUUUUUCUUUUUUUGCUGGUACCUUUUAGUAGUCUCCUCAAGAAGGAACCGUUUGUUUUAGUCUGUUGGAAUAAUGUUUUCUUCUUUCUUUCUUUCUUAUAUGAUCAAUCUGGUGCUGGGGCUAGAAUCCUUGUAAAUUGUCAGUCUGCAUGCAGUUGUAGCGAAAUGUAUGAAAUGAGGAGAAAGAAAGAAAGAAAGAAAGAAAGAAAGAAAGCUAGUGUUAAUUUGCAUGACUUGUAAUGCUGUGAACA